AUGCCAGCGUUGGCUAUGUCUCCAGUGAUAAGUGGAACCAGUAGCGGCACACCAAGUGACGAAGAUUUCGUUAGUGGAUCUUCUGCUGAUGACCAGUCUUAUAUUGAUCGCCUGACUGUUGAUAUUAGUGCAUUUGGGUUAGGCAGUGGAGUUACAAAUGGAUUCACGCUGUUUGGUGCCCCGCAACGGCAGAAGCAAUCACAACAACACCAGUCUGUAGAGCAACAAAAAUGUUCAUCAGAUAGCGGUCUGUCGAGUAGCGAAUUCGAACAUGCGAAUGACAUGUUGAAUAGCGAGUUUCCGUAA